AUGGAAGCACCUCAGCUUGCAACAAACGGCAGACCCGACAACCUCACCGCACGACUCGUCGCGAUCAUCAUACACGAGAUGACAGCAUGCAUCUCGCGUUGGCGCGACUAUGCCGCCUCCAAGGAUGCGCAGCUUCAGCAACUUCACGAAGACUGCCGACAAUGCAAGGCUCACAUCGAAACGCAGCGUCAUACCAUCAACGCGCAGGCCGAGCGCAUCAGCCGCCUGGAGUUCGAAAUGUCGCCUAUG